GGCGACAAAAUUUGAGCAAGUAUAAAUGGGGGCACGCAUCUUCUCAUGUAAAAAUGCACAAGGUGGAGUCGUGGUUUUCUCGCAUAAUUGGGCGCGAUGGGGUUUAAGAUGGUGGUUGUGGCUCUUUUUAUAGCAGUCGCUAUCCGAAUUGCGAGUUCUAACUCGGAAGGAGAUGCGUUGAAUGAAUGGAAGACAAAACUGAUGGACCCUCAUGAGGUGCUGCAAAGCUGGGAUCCGACUCUGUUUAACCCCUGCACCUGGUAUCACGUAACCUGCAACAGCGACAACUCCGUCAUCCGAGUGGACCUCGGAAACGCCGGACUAUCAGGACCUUUGAUCCCGCAGUUGAGUCACCUGGUUAAUAUGCAGUACUUUAUGGUAUUCGGCAACGAGAUCAGCGGGACCAUUCCUGGGGAGCUGGGGAACUGGAAGAUGCUGGUGAGCUUGGGGCUUCAGCAGAACCAACUCUCCGGCCCAAUUCCUGCAUCUCUGGGCCAGCUGAAGUCCGUGAGGUUCAUGACCCUGAACAGUAACAAGCUGAGCGGGACCAUACCCAUCGAGGUGCUGGAACUGGUUCUCUGGGGCAAUUUGCAGACCCUGAAUGUAUCCGACAACUUUUUCCAAGGGAGAGUCCACGCUGGUGAUCCUACAGUCACGACCAUAACGCAAGAUCCCAAGAUUGGAAGCGCCUAGACGAAUUCACGACGGAAGCAUCGUCUCGUGGUACAAUAAAGUGUUCGGAUUGGCAUUUUCAAUACCCAUCUCAAUAAAAUUUACGAUCAUAUAGCGUGAUCGGUAGUCAUCCGCGUCGCCCGCUCAUGUGAAAGAAAGUCGGAACGAACCCCUUCG